GAUUUACCAAAUUAUAGAUGGACUGAAACAAAAGAAGAUUUAGAUAUUCGUAUUAAAUUUAAAGUUAAUUUUAAAAUAAAAAGUAAAGAUGUUGUAGUGGAAUUUAAGAAAACGCAUCUGAAAGCAGGAUUAAAAGGCCAUCCUCCUAUUAUAGAUGGAGAAACAUACAAUAAUAUUAAAAUAGAAGAUUCAACAUGGUCAAUAAGUGACAAUGAAUUAUUGAUUAUUAUUGGAAAGGUUGAUAAAAUGAAAUGGAAUCGUGUAUUGAACAAGGAUCCAGAAAUUGAUACUCAAACAGACGAUUCAGAAGUAGGAAAUUAG